ACUCUGUUUCAGUCUAACUGGUUUAACUGAAGUCUGGAUGGUCUGUUUUUAUGAGGACUUUGCUCUCUAGGAUUUUACUGGUUCCGUUGCUUUUGGUCCUGUUGGUGAUGGUCCUGCUAGCCCCUGGUCCAAGUUUUGGGGAUCAGUGAUAUGGAGCGUCGUCAGAGUCUGGAGGAGCAGCUCAGGUGUCCCGUCUGUCUGGACGUCUUCACUGAACCACUAAUGUUACAGUGUGGACACUCCUACUGCAGGUGUUGUGUGCGCUCCAUGACAAUGGACCUGCUUGGCCAGCUGCAGUGUCCUGUGUGUCGCUGUGCGGUGGACGGAGACAGUCCUCCUCCCAACGUUAGUUUGGCUCGAAUCAUUGAGGCUCUGCAGGAAGUGAGUGUUUCAGGUGGAGCUCAGCUGCAGUCGUGUCCUCAGCACCACAACCCACUCAGCCUUUACUGCGAGGACGAACAAACGGUGAUUUGUGGCCUCUGUGGAAGCAUUGGUGUUCAUCGCGGACACAAAAUCACACCUGUGAGCGCCGUCUACAGCCGCAUGAAGGAGGACAUUUCCUGUCUGAUGACGGAGUUCCAGCAUCAAAAGCGUAAACUGGAGGAUCAGAUCUGUAAAAUGGCGUACAACAAAUCCAGGAUCACUUCAAUAGGAGGUGACGAUCUUCGCUGCUGCUCUCUGUCCAAUCAGAAUGAGUCUGACGUGCUGAAGUGGGUGGUGAGGAAGGAGUUUGGUGAACUCCGACGUUGUCUGGAGGUGGAGGAGGCGGGGUUCAUGCAGCAAGUGGAGACAGCCACCUCUGUCCUCAUCUCAUCCCUCCAGAGCCAGACAGACCAAUUAAACCAGAACCUGAAUCGGAUGCAGGAGGCCCAAAACACCCUGCAGGACCUGAGCAAUGAGGGACACCUGGACUUCAUCAUGAAGUACGGAUCAAUCGCUCCAAGGUUCAGAGAGAGUAAGGAGCUCCAGCAAAGAGAGGAGAGACUCUUCAGCUCUGUCAACUUCCGACCAGGUUUCAACCACAACGACAUCAAACUCACCGUGUGGAAGAGACUACAUCGAAAAGUCCUGCCAGCACCAGAGCUUUUGAAGCUGGAUCCUCAAACUGCUCACCCGAUGCUGGAGCUCCAUCAUGGGGACACGGUGGUGGUCUGCGGGGCUCUGCUGCGGAGACUUCCUGAUAAUCCAGAGAGGUUCACUUACAGUUACUGUGUCCUGGCCAACCGAGGCUUCUCCUCUGGGAAACACUACUGGGAGGUGGAGGUGGAUAACAAACCUAAAUGGCGUCUUGGUUUGAUCAAAGGAACGACCAAUCGUAAGUCCAAGCUGGUGAAGAACCCAGAGAGUGGAGUGUGGCUGAUUGGACUGAAGGACGGAGUUUAUGAAGCCUUCUCUUCACCCAGGGUGGUCCUUCCAGUGUCGACACCCCCCCGCCGGGUGGGACUGUUCCUGGACUACGAGGGUGGAGGUCUGACCUUCUAUAACAGCGACAGCCCUGACGAGCUGGGCUUCAUCUACAGCUUCAGGCUCGAGUUCCAGGGGAAAGUCUACCCCCUACUGGACAUCUGCUGGCACAACCGAGGAUACAACAAACAGCCCCUGGUGCUCCCCCAGCCUCACAGGGAGCAUCCCCUCCCCCUCCCCAAGCCCCAGAAAGAGGACAAGUGACGGAGUCCUUCUUUAUUAAACUGGUAUAUUUUCAGUGUCAGCUGAGAUCAUCAUCAGUGUCUUUAGUACCGUGUGAAUCUGAAAUGUUUCCAAUAUGUAAAUAAAAAAAUCCAUCACUAAUCAGCGACUGUUUUUAUUCAGGCAUCAUCUCAGAAUAUUUGUCCGGUGUGAGUUAGCUUCAGUUGUCUGUUAUUUUACCAGAGUAGAGUGAAAGUAAAGUUAGACCACAGACUGAUGUCGGUGGUUUAUUUAGUGACCAGUAAUUCUAUUUAAAGAAACUGUUAAAGAAAUUCUAUGCAUGUAUAGAAACAUGUUCAAAUAUGACAUAUAUAAAAUAUGUGUAUGUACCAUAACACACUGGAUACACAUAUGACACAUGUAUGAAAAAUGUAUAAUACAUUCAUGUACAGAAACAUAGACAUGUACCACACAUGUAUGACACACAUUACACGUCUGACAUAUUCAUAACACAUGUAAGAACAGAAAUAUACAUGGUUGACAUGUAUGUACUCAACAGUUUCGUACACUCAUUUCAUGUUUGAUGUUUUUUAUGAGCAUUACAAUUCUCUAUAUAUUUAAACAUACG